UGGAAGACGGCGCCCAGAGCCUCCAAACAAAGCGUAACCACGACAACAGCCAAUCCCAAGGAAGAUGGACCGGUCUUUUCUUACCGGUGCCCCAGUAGGACAAACUAUCUCCACUCGAAAUUGGCCCGAACGCUGUACCUCAGAAGCUGAAAGAGGAACGUUUUUUCCAGGAACACCUAUAUCCGGGGAGAAAAAGAAUGUUAAGAAAAAACAAAAUGUUAAUUUUUAAAUACUUUCUUAAUCUCAUUAACGGAGCUUUCUUGGUUCUUGGACUUUUACUCAUGGGAUUUGGUACAUGGCUCUUACUAGAUAGAAAUAAUGUUUUCAUAGCUUUGGAUGAAAAUAACCACUUGAUAGUAUAUAUUUUUCAAAUUUUGAUGGGAACUGGAUCUGCUAUCGUUCUUCUUUGUCUCUUGGGUUAUUUGGGAAUUCACAAUGAAAUCAGAUGGCUCCUACUUCUGUACACAGCACUGCUAAUGUGGGCCUUUGGUGUUCAGGUUGUGCUUUCAACAUUCAUCUUUAUAAAGAAAAAGGAGGUUCACCAAGUAUUGCAUGAUAAAAUUGACUUAAUCAUUAUUGAGUAUGGAUCUAAAGAUAUGCCUGAAGAUAUACCCAAAUGGAUUAUUCUGAAUUCUCUACAGAAAACACUGCAGUGUUGUGGCCAGUACAAUUACACAGAUUGGAUAAAGAAUAAAAAUAAAGAAACUCCAGAACAGGUGCCAUGUUCUUGCACAAAUUCUACAUUAAGAAAGUGGUUUUGUGAUGAGCCACUGAAUGCAACUUACCUAGAGGGUUGUGAAAAUAAGAUCAACACAUGGUAUAGUGGUAAUGCUUUAACAUUAAUCGGAAUUAACUUUGGACUUUUGGCUUCAGAGGUUUUGCAAAUCUUAUUAACUAUUUCUUUUGUCAGACACAUCAAGAAUAGAAUAUAUUCAGGAGUGUGAUCUUUGGAUUUUAAUUUGCCCAGAAGAAACCAGCUAAUUCUCAAAAUAAUCACAUCAUGUUCUUUUACUCCACGCCCCGCACCCACCAAAACAGUUUUGAAUUAUAUUAGUUAAGUUUAGGACUUAUUCAAGUCAUUGGUUAUAUGUAACAUAGAAUUAUUGAAUAUUAUAAUAAAUCACUCUGUGAAAUUAUUAAUUUUGUUUUUCAAAAUAUCAAAUUCUGCAGUUCAGAACUUUACCUUGAGUUUUCUGAAUUCAGAGGAUAUCAUCAUAUAUACUGAAUUCAAAAUGUGAUGAAGUAUCACCAUAUUUCAAGUUUCUUUUGUAGAAAAAAAUACUUACAUCACAUUCAGAAAACAUUAAGUAAGCAAUUAUGACAUGCACCUUACAUUUCCAAAUUUUAACAAAACAACACUGAUCUGUGGGAGAUUUAAAAGAAAGAUUGAAAACCAUGACACUGACCUCUGUACUGAAUUAAUCAUUUAUUUCUGUCUUCUGUUCAAUGCUUCAAAGUGGAUAAUAAACUUAAAAUUUUACAGACUUGGGUGUAUGUCAAUAGCAGUAAUAAAAUAUUAAAAUCACACUGAAUUUUGAACUGUAAUAAAAAUGUCUUAAAUGAUCACUGAAUCCCCAUACCCAACUUGCUCCUCAUUUUCUCUCUUUUUUUAAAUUUUGUUCAGUG